AUGGAAAGACGAAGGCCAUGGCUUGAUGUCAUUUUCCAACCCUUUUUUCAGUUCCUCGUUAAUGACCCGUACGCUUUGCAAUCUGUGGAGAGGCAUCUUGCGCUCAGCAAAGACGAAGCAUUAGCGUUUGUCAAAGGGUUGUUUCCCGAGGCGAUUGCUAGUGGAGUGUCGUACGUGGCAAAGAACGAUGCUCAUGAUGUUGUCGCCGUGAGACUCAGCACAUUCCGGACAAGAGAAGAGGCCGCUGAAGAAGCUCAGGGACUACCUUAUGAGGAAUCUUCCACAACGCUCGCUCGGACGCUAGCAAUGCUGCGCACUUUGCAUCAACAGUUCUGGGCUUCUAUCGAUCCUGAAAUCAACAGAGUCUACUUUUUAAUGGCGAUUUUGGUAGCAGAUAAAUAUCGAGGAACCGAUCUCAUUGACAAUUUGAUGCAUCACAACAUGGAUGAAAUUCGAUUUAUGGAAGUUCAAGGGCUAGCAGCCGAUGCGGCCAUCUUCCAUUCACAAAAGGUGAGGCAAAAGCUACUAGACGACUUCGGUUACCGUAUAGUAGCUGAAGUGGAUCGUUCAACAUUUUUCAAUGAUGGCGGCACGGAAUAUGAGGAGGAACAUGGACACGACAAGGCACGACUCGUCUUCAAAGAACCAUGGCGGGAUGAAACUGUUGGUGCUCAUAUCGCCUAUUAG